AUGGAUGAAUUGGUGGCCGCAGUAGAUAGUCUGCGUGGUGAGACCGCCCUACUCAGCAUGGAUGAGCUGAGACCAAAGCUAGUAGACAUUGCCACCACUCUAAACGUUGACCAAACAACAACCUCAAUAGCAUUGGACCUACUAGAGUAUAUACAGUUAACCAAUGAUACAUCAGAUAUCAAUCAAAGAUAUUAUAUAGCAUGUUCAUUGUUUGUUGCAGGAAACAAACGAUUCAAUACGCUUAUACCAAAGACACUGUCGACACACCUCAGCACGGAGCAGCUGACACACAGCGUCUAUCUGUCACAGCUGCUCAAAACUGCCGACAUCAAGAUGCGCGACUUUUUUGAGAUACUACCAUCGUUCGUAUCGAUGCUCCGAUGCGACACUCAGCCACUGGGCGAGAUGACGCGCAAGCUCGGCGUCUCAUUCGUCGUGCUCAACGUCAUCUAUCGCAAGUACGAAGACACGUAUCGCAGCUGCUUCCAGUUCAAUCCGGUCACGGACCGUCUGGCGGGUGGCGGCAUGGGCAGUGUGGCGCGCAAUCAGGCACUGGGGCGCUUCAGCGACGAGCACCUCUUUGACAUUGGCUGGCACAUCUAUCUGUACUGCAAGCGCAGGCUGUUCAACACGACACCCGAUCUUAUCCAGUCGACCAACCUCAUCAUAUGCAGCAUCAAUCUAGUGUACAGCAAGUCGAACCUACUCUCCAAGCUCAGUCUACCACUUCCCCCAUCCUCCUCCCAUGUUGGCGACAACAACAACGAUAACAAUAACAACAAUAACAACAACAACAAUCACACAGACAAUCCAAACGAGAUACUAGAGUAUCUAUGUAGAAAGAUAGACAUAUCCCUGUACAAGGAACUUGUAAAUACCAACAAGACAACAUUCACCAACUUGGUCAAAGAGAUGGUGAAUGAUCAACUACUUCAACAAUCAAACAAUGAUAUUGUGUUCUCAACAUCCAAUAUCUCAUCGAUAUUGGCGAGCUUCAAUAAGCAUUAUGAGCGACAGUAUUACGCCGGUGGUGAUAUUGAUGAGCGUUGCUUCCUCACGGACAAGGCCGCAAUUGGAACACCCUUUAAACAGGCCAACAACAACAACAAUCAGAUGUCUGCAAAGAAGGCCAUGACACCAGACUCCAAGUUCCAGCAGCCAGCCAGACAUGCAAGGAACAACGCCUCAGACACACCGAUCAAGUAUCCAACCACGCCCAGCAAGGCCACAAACAGCUCGGGACACCUGCCCGCCACACCCAUCUCUGCAUCCCUAUCAAUGAUUGCCUGGAUAAAGGCCGUCAGCAAGUCGGACGAUGUUCUGAGCACGACAGAGAGCCUGAUCGAACGGGGCUCAAAGAAGGAGACCGUUCAGGACAUUAGCAAUCGCGUGAAGCAACUGACACAGAGCAUUGACAAGCUGUACACUUCAGAGGAACUGUCGGAGCAUGGCGCCGAGAGAAUCCAGAACAAGAGGAGGACGUACGGCGUGCGACUCUACUACAAGCUGCUCGGCACGAUCAUUGAGCAGGAGUUGGCCAAGGGGUCGGCUGGCACCAAGACCCUGCCGUUCCUGCCAAACGAGGAGUUCAACCGAUCGCUGCUGGCCACCAGCUACGACAUGGUGUGCUAUGCGUACAAGCUGGACGCGCUGCUGUUCCCCUACUUUGUCAACCGAUUCCAGAUACUGCCCUACAGUCAUCUGCGUGUCAUUGCCACCGUCAUCAACCUGGGCAUCAUCCCCGCACUGCUCACUCAACACCUGACCUCCAUUGAGACCAAGAUCAUCGAGCAAUACGCAUGGACCACCAACUCAUUCGUCUUUACGCACAUUGAGCAAUAUCGUGAACCACUGUACCUAUACGCCACACAAUACAACUCAAGCAGCAGCAGUAUUACGACUCAAGGCAACAUACCAUCGACGCCAACAAAGUCCAACAAUACCUCGCUACUCAGCGCCACUCCAACCAAGCCCAACACAACAUCAACGACCACAACAACGACAACAACUACAUCCAAUCUUCAAUCACCAACUCCAGCAGCUCCAGGCCAACAAACAUCACCCGUUCUAAUGAUGUUCUUUAGAAAGCUUAUCAUGCGACUGCAGGCCAAACUAAAACAUUAUGCAACAGAGCUGAGUCUGCCAGCGCAGAUGGUGGCGCAGAUGAACUGGGUACUCCUGAAGCUUAUCAUUGAACAUACUCGCAUGCUACAGGAUAGAUACUUGGACACUGCCAUCGCCUGCACCGUCUAUGCCAUUUGUAAAUCAAACAACAUGGAGAUAGGAUUUAAGUCACUGUUAGAGAUAGCUUCAAUACCAACACCAGCUUACAAGGACAUACCAUUGAAAGAAGGAGAAAGUGGAAAUAUUAUUGCAUUCUACAACGCGAUAUACCUGGAAGAGAUGACGUCGACUGUUGUCCAGGCAAAGGACAAGGUGCCACAAAUGAAGGUGCCAAUAACAACACCAACCAAGCAGUCUAUGGCAACAGUCGCCUCGCCAAUGUCCAAUGUCAUAUUCUCACCGAUGGGAUCGGCCGCGCGCGUCUCAUCACUGACGCCAUCAAAGACCACAUCAUACAGCAUUGGCAAGACGCCCACCAAGGAGCUACGAAGCAUCAAUAUGAGCAUCAACCAGGCAGUUCCAAUCAAUGGCUUUGGCAACAGCAACAGCAACAAUGCUCACCACCAAGCAGUUGCUGGUGGUAGUGGAUUGGGACUGACAUCACUCGCGCCCAUCGGAUCGUCUGCAUCGUCCACCAGCACAUCGACCUCCUCGUCGUCAUCCGUGUCACCUAUACUUUCAUCGGCAUCCGAGAUGGAGUUUAAUGAGAACAGUUCAAAUGGCGCCUACAACAGUCUGCAGUAUCACGAGGCCAACUCCAAGGCAAGAGGCAAGCGUCUAUUCUACAGAGAGGAUGACAAUGGCAAUGGCAAUGGAAAUGGAAAUAGUGGUGGCAACAGCAACAACAACUCAUCAUCUGGUAGUGGCAAUAGACACACUCCAAGUCCAUCCUCAUCGAAUGAUGACAAUGACGGUGUGCAAGAACCUCCAUUGAAGAAAUAA